GUGCAGGGUUUCCGGCAACGAGGCGGAAGUGAAGAGAGGAGUGGCUUGCGCUGCUCACCUGUCGACAGGUGAACCGAAAACAGAGAAAGGGAAGAAAAGGAGAAAAACGGCGAGAGAAUGAGUAACCCCAUCCCCUCGAAUCUGAAGUCAGAGGCUAAGAAGGCCGCCAAGAUCCUGAGAGACUUCACCGAGAUCUCCAGCCGGACCGGGCCGGACCGACUCAUCCCCCCUCAUGUGAUCGCCAAAGCAGGCCUCGCCAUCAUCUCCGUCAUCAAGGCCGGCUUCAUGAUCACGGCCCGGGGGGGCAGCGGCAUCGUGAUCGCACGGCUGGGGGACAGACGCUGGUCGGCUCCAUCCGCCAUCGGUAUCGCCGGCCUGGGCGGAGGCUUCGAGAUCGGGGUGGAGGUGUCGGACCUGGUGAUCAUCCUGAACCAGCGCCGGGCGGUGGAGGCGUUCACGAAGGGCGGGAACCUGACGCUAGGGGGGAACUGCACGGUGGCGGUGGGCCCGAUGGGAAGGAACGUGGAGGCGGACGUGUCUAUCCGCAGCCCGGCAGCCGUCUUCACGUACUGCAGGUCCAGAGGACUGUUCGCCGGGAUUUCUCUGGAGGGGUCCGGCCUGAUCGAGCGCAAAGACACCAACCGCAAGUUCUACGGGCGGGAGAUCCGUGCGUCGGCCAUUUUGAACGGAGACGUUGAGCCGCCGCCAGAAUGCUACGAUCUUUACCAUAUCCUGGAGGAGUACACCGACGCCUACACCGCCGACUGGACCAGCAAGAACAUGCGUCCGAAGUCAUCUGGUCCUCCAUCCAGACCUUCAGUUCCACCUCAGCAAAGACCGUCAGCCAGCUACCAGCAACCAGCCGGCUACCAGCAACCAGCCGGCUACCAGCAACCGUCAUCUGGCUACCAGCAACCGUCAUCUGGCUACCAGCAACCGUCAUCUGGCUACCAGCAACCAGCCGGCUACCAGCAACCGUCAUCUGGCUACCAGCAACCGUCAUCUGGCUACCAGCAACCAGCCGGCUUCCAGCAACCAGCCGGCUUCCAGCAACCAGCCGGCUACCAGCAACCAGCCGGCUUCCAGCAACCGUCAUCUGGCUACCAGCCGCCUCCAGCCCCCACGGGUAAAAACGCGCUGUAUCCGAGCAUCUCCGUCUAUAAAUCUGAGACUUCAGGCCAGGUUGCCUCCAGAAACCCCCCCAACAACGGUGGAGGCGGAGCUAGCGGAGAGCUCGUCGUCACAGCGACGCACCCGUUCACGGGGCAACAGCCCGGAGACCUGAGCUUCGUCCCCGGCGACAGCAUCACCGUGGUUACUAAGACUGACUCACAGUACGACUGGUGGGAGGGUCGUCAUAGCGACGGGCGCGUGGGAAUCUUUCCCGCCAACUUUGUGGCAUUAUGAGUCUACGGCAAGCCGGAGGGACAAAUCAGGGCUUUGAUUAAAACGAGAGAAAAUACAGACCAUCAAUCUGCAAAUAUUAGAUUUCCAUCCUAAAAAUGUUGUUUUCAGCAUUCAAAAGUAUUUAAGAUCAUUAUAAUAAAGGUAAUAUUCAGGAUAUUGUUGAUAAUUAUUCUAUUUGAGUGACAUUUAAAACAGGAUGUACUAUUUAAGACAAUGUCAUAAAUAUUUAAUAAAUACCCAUCUUUAAAAUCUGUCUCCACAAAUGAACACUAAAGCAGCGUUCUGUUUACAUUAAAGCCUUUAGAAGUUAUUAAAAUGAUGAAAUAUUUAUCAUUUUCUGUUUUAAACUUAAAUCACAAAACCAAUUUUAUCUUUUUGAAAAACUUAUUUCACUUCAAUAAUUUAAAUAAAAGCACUUUUUAAAUUUUGAAAUGACAAACAAUUGAAAUACUAUCUCAAACUUUAUUCAUGAUGUUCUGACUCAUUGGUAAACAAUCUACUUCCUGUUGUUUCCCGUUAAAAUAUAACCAAGAAAACAACAGGAAUCAAAAGCUAAUGUCAUGACAAACUUAGGACUAAAAUCACUAAAACACUUUAAAUAAAAGCACAUUUUCCCCUUUCAUUUGACUUUAGUGAAUUAAACUCACAUUACUCUUCUUUUUGGGUAAAUAUUUUGUUUCUUUUUUUACUAAAACAGUGUUUAAAUGUUGACGUGAGAUCUGUUACAACUGGGAUGUGGAAUAUUCUUUGGACAUCUUUAUCUGCUCAUAGUUUAAUUAAAAUAAUCACGUGUUGGAGGUUGGAUAAAGUGCCUAAAUAAUUCUACAAUAAAUAUAAAGAUAAUAGAGACUGUGCUGCUAGUUUUUUUUGCCAAAGAAAAUGUUAAAUAAAAUAUCUAAACCCACUGAGAAA